AUAACGACAUACAACUACUUGAGGAGAGAUGUCCCAAACGAAAAGAUCCAGAUUUUGUCUCAGUAUAAUGCUCAGUGUUCUGAGAUUAAGAGAAGGCUUUUAAAGGAUGGUGAAGCAAAAGCAGAUGACCUUGUUAGCACAGUUGUUUCAAGUCAAGGAGGCGAAUGGGAUUACGUAAUAUUUAGCUCCGUUCGGUCAUUACCAGAUUACAAGAUAGAGAAAAAUCCUACUCUUGGAUGGUGUAAACAUAAUUUGGGAUUUAUAACAGACAGAAAUCAAGUCAAUGUGGCAAUAACAAGAGCCAAGAAAGGGCUUAUUAUAAUAGGUAAUAGGAAUUUGCUUGCAUGUGACUACAUUUGGAAAAGAUUAAUUUAUCAUUAUGAGCAGAGAGGGUGUAUAAAGACUCCCGAAGAAUUCCCGCCGAGAAAUAUACGAAAAACUCGUCAGCAGAUUAUGGAAGAAGCCCAAGAGCAAACGUAUAAGAGAUAUGGAGAGUCCAUAUUUGAAAAGGGGAAAGCUACAUCUUAUGAAGGUGAUUUUGACGCAGAGUUUGAUGAACAUGAUAUAUGGAGCCCCGGAUUUAAUCUUCGUCCGAGAUGAGAUGCAACCGUAGACAAUGGCGACCUAUGUGGCAGAUAAACAAGCGUAAGACAACAUCAAAUUGGUUCCUAUCAGCAGGAUCAAUACUUGAAGCAGAAUUUAAUCCGUUUCUUUUUAUUUCAUCAUUAUUGUAAAGAUUGUUAAAUGUUGUAAAUAUCUAUACUUGUAUAUAAUUAACUUUGAUAUUUGUGCGAUUUUGUACCAGAGGUUUAAUUUGAGUAUGUGUUGUGAUCUGUAUUUAUUUGUUUCUUAGAGUCAUCUGUACUGAUAAAGUCAUUAAGUCAUUUGAUUAUGCUUUUACUUUGUAUUAAAAAACCGGUGAUAUGCCUGUAUAUUUUGCCAUGUGGUUUCACAAGUCAUAUAUAUUAUAGUUAAUAUUGUUUAAUUGAACCACCUACAUAUUUCUGUAUAUAACUUUUGGUUGCAUGAGUAAGGUAGCACUUAAAAAAUGAAUACACCUUACAUUUCACUUCUUGAAAUAUAUUCAUAGUUUUAAUCCUGUAGAUUAUAUCACAAGUCACGUAGGAUAGUGUAUUUCUUUUGCAUCAAAUUUUAAGAUAACUUUUAAUUUCAUCACAUCUUAGCCUACAUAAAUUUGAUGAAUUUGCUGUGUGGCCAUUAAUGUUUGAAAGUUCGUAAAUCAGAAGUUAUCGAUCAACAUUUGCCUUAUUUUUCAUCAUAGAUAUUUGUUUUGUUUUUUUAUUUGUUAUUAAUGUUUUAGACUUACGAGUGCCAUUUUUGAUUGUUUCUAUUUGUAAAGUUGUCAUUUCGUUAUCAUUGUAAGAAAUCAUUGAUUGUUGUGAAUUUCCUUAAAAUGUAUACAGUACUCAAAUGUCAUUGACGUCACAACUCGCUGAAAUGUUAAUAACAGCUUGAGUUGGAUAUUUUCAUAAUAUUAAAUUAAUUAUAGCUCACAAUAUCAUUCACAUGUCACGCCGUAGUCAUCAUAAGCUUCAUAGAGGCGCAGGCUUAAUCUGCCAUAGUGUCAUUUUUUUAAUGUUUGUGUAAAAUAAUUGCAAUGUGUAAGUAUAACUUGCAUCACAUUUUAAAAUGUAUUAUAUUGGUAAAUUUUGUUUGUGUUUUUCUCGCAAUGUUGUUGUUAAUUGUAUUCGAUAUUGUUGAUUCCAUAUUGAAUAAAGUAAUGUUCUUUUCUGAAAUAGUAUGUGAAUAUGUGCCGUAUCGCUGUUACUUGUAACUAUGAAGGGCUUAGUUGUAACAUGGUCUUUAUGUAGCGAUUUGAAUCUGAUAGUGCUAUAAAUCAUUUAGACUUUAGGCGUCAUUAUGACUUUGGUAGAGGCAGGUCAGUUUGUACUUCCCCUUCAGAUUGGUUACACUAUAACCUUGUUAUUGCGAAAUCAUAUUAUUUUGAUGUCAUUGUUCUUAAUAUUUAUGAAAUAACGUCCAUUUGUCGAAUGUUGGCCAUGUAGAUUAAAGAUUAAUGUACAACAAGGUCAUGAUGACCCUAAAAGUGUUGAUUUCUUGAUCUCAUGAUUAACCGUGAUCUAUUUUGUAAUUUGUUGCUUUUUGCUUAAAUUGUAUAUUUUUGUAUUUUACUUUUGUUGUGUGAAGUCACCCUAUAAAUGGAUCAUAAUUAUGAAUAUAUCAUUUUCAGUAUUAUUAUAUUUCAUUUGUUUGCAUUCGGUUUCAUCCUUUGAAGCAAUAAAGGAAAGUAAGUGUUUUGGUUUGUCUGAAACCUAUUGAUAUGUGAUACACAGUUUACUUUUACUCAUUCAAAUAAAAUCAGCUUGCUUUGACAAGUAAGAUUUAAGAUAAAUUUGCAAUAUCAACUGAUUUUUUUAAAUGUUCAGACGAAGGUUACUGAUGGAACUGAUUAUAGAAAAAAACGUAGGUUGACUGUUUUGCGGAGUGUGUUUCAUGCUUACUAGUUUUCUUUUUUCUAGAAUAUUACAUUCUGACUCAUAGCAGAAUGUGUUAAAUGUUUCGUGGCAGCUGUUAAAAGUUGCAUCAUUGAAAAUGUAUUAUUUUGGUCGUUCAAAAUCAUUGGCUCAAUACUUUGGGACAUGCAACAGUAAUUUUAUCUUUCCCUGAUCCUUCGAGAUAAAUGAUUUCAAUAAUAGUAGUUUUGAGAAAUGAAUACAGCAUAUAUGUCGUUUCUAAAAUUGUGCUAGAUGUUUCACAUUCUUUAGUGAAUAGAUUUGAUAAUACUUAGAAACUAUUUGCUUUUAUUUUCACUGCUUUAAAGGGAGCGAAAGUUUCUCACUUAAAUUUUAUUGAACACACAAAAGACUUGCAUGUCAACUGAUUUUCUGUUCUUGUAUUUGUAUAUAUCGUCGAUUAAUAUGAUCAUUUAAUUUACUGUUUUUGUAUUGUUUCAUUUUAUCAAAUACUUCAUGUACAGAAAACUGAAUUCCACCGAAUGUUUGCUUUUAACAAAAAAAAAAAGAAUACCACCGGUGUUGGGCGUACUUAGCCUGAUUUUUUAUCAUCAGUUUUUUAUCCCUUGUCGUUCUGCACUUUUAAUGCAUAAUUGUUUUGUAGUUAUUUUCUAUUCCCGAGUUAUGAUGCUAAUGAUGAUUAAUAAUGCAAAAACGUGCAGAAGUAAUCUACAUUGAUGAUCAAAGAUUUUGUAUACAUUUAUGUGAUUAUUAUUUAUCCUUUCACCUAACAUGAUAAAUGUUAAAAAUCUUUUUGUCUGUGAUAAUGCUUUCGUUUGAGAUUUGAUUAUUUAGUUAUUUAUUAUACCCCCACAAACGAAGUUUAGGGGGGUAUAUAGGAGUCAGCUUGUCGGUCGGUCGGUCGGUUGGUCGGUCGGUCCGUCGGUCGGUCCACAUCAUGGUUUCCGGACGAUAACUAGAGUUUGGAAUGAGAUAUUGUAAUCAAACUUGGUAUAUAGCAACCUUAUGUGGAAACUCCAGUUGGUAUUGCAUUUGGACCCCCUGGGGUCAAGGUCAAGGUCACCGUUACUAAAAUUAGAAAAAUGGUUUCCGGACAAUAACUAGAGAUAGGAAUGAGAUAUUGUUAUCAAACUUGGCGUAUAGCAAGCUUAUAUGAAGACCUGGGUUGGUAUUGCAUUUGGGCUCUCUGGGGUCAAGGUCAAGGUCACCGUUACUAAAAAUAGAAAAAUGGUUUCCGGACAAUAACUUGACUUAGGAAUGAGAUACUGUAAUCAAACUUGGUGUAUAGCAAGCUUAUAUGAAGACCUUGGUUGGUAUUGCAUUUGGACCCCCUGGGGUCAAGGUCAAGGUCACCGUUACUAAAAAUAGAAAAAUGGUUUCCGGACAAUAACUAGAGUUAGGAAUGAGAUAUUGUUAUCAAACUUGGCGUAUAGCAAGCUUAUAUGAAGACCUGGGGUGGUAUUGCAUUUGGGCCCUCUGGGGUCAAGGUCAAGGUCACUGUUACUAAAAAUAGAAAAAUGGUUUCCGGACAAUAACUUGACUUAGGAAUGAGAUACUGUAAUCAAACUCGGUGUAUAGCAAGCUUAUAUGAAGACCUGGGUUGGUAUUGCAUUUGGGCCCUCUGGGGUCAAGGUCAAGGUCACCGUUACUAAAAAUAGAAAAAUGGUUUCCGGACAAUAACUAGAGUAAGGAAUGAGAUAUUGUUAUCAAACUUGGCAUAUAGCAAGCUUAUAUGAAGACCUGGGUUGGUAUUGCAUUUGGACCCCCUGGGGUCAAGGUCAAGGUCACCGUUAGGAAAAAUAGAAAAAUGGUUUUUGGACAAUAACUAGAGUUAGGAAUGAGAUAUUGUAAUCUUAUUUGGUGUAAAGGAAGCUUAUAUGAAGACCUGGGUUGGUAUUGCAUUUGGACCCCCUAGGGUCAAGGUCACCGUUAGAGUGUUACUAAAAAUAGAAAAAUGGUUUCCGGACAUUAACUAGAGUUAGGAAUGAGAUAUUGUUAUCAAACUUGGUGUUUAGCAAGCUUAUAUGAAGACUUUGGUUGGUAUUGCAUUUGAACCCCCUGGGGUCAAGGUCAAGGUCACUGUUACGAAAAAUAGAAAAAUGCUUUUCGGACAAUAACUAGAGUUAGGAAUGAGAUAUUAUAAUCUUAUUUGGUGUAUAGGAAGCUUAUAUGAAGACCUGGGUUGGUAUUGCAUUUGGACCCCCUAGGGUCAAGGUCACCGUUAUAGUGUUAUUUAAAAUAGAAAAAUGGUUUCCGGACAUUAACUAGAGUUAGGAAUGAGAUAUUGUAAUCAAACUUGGUGUAUAGCAAGCUUAUUUCAAGACCCCAGUUGUGAUUACAAUUAAUUGAAAUAUUUCUUUGUACACAGUUGAUAGUUUUUGUUCAAAUUUUUCUUCAGACUACUUUUUUUUCAAAAUUCAAAGUUGCUGGUGGGGGUAUUAAUCACCUUCAGUGAUAGGUCUAGUUUCUUUUUGUUUUCCUUUACUUUUCUGUUAUUUUUUAAUUCUCCUCUAUGGCAAGCAAUGCUUUCAGUUUUACAUGUUGACAGGAAUAAAUAGUCAAUGUCAAACAAUU